AUGUGUGACGAAGAAGUAGCAGCACUUGUCAUUGACAAUGGUUCUGGAAUGUGUAAAGCUGGCUUUGCUGGCGAUGAUGCCCCUCGAGCUGUAUUUCCAUCGAUCGUUGGCCGGCCUCGCCACCAGGGUGUUAUGGUUGGAAUGGGCCAAAAGGAUUCAUAUGUCGGUGACGAAGCUCAAUCAAAAAGAGGUAUUCUUACGUUGAAAUAUCCGAUCGAGCAUGGUAUUGUAACGAAUUGGGAUGAUAUGGAAAAGAUAUGGCACCAUACAUUCUACAAUGAAUUGCGAGUCGCACCUGAAGAACAUCCUGUACUUCUUACUGAAGCUCCAUUGAACCCGAAAGCAAAUCGAGAGAAGAUGACACAAAUCAUGUUUGAAACUUUCAAUACUCCAGCUAUGUAUGUCGCUAUUCAAGCUGUAUUAUCACUUUACGCAUCGGGACGUACAACUGGCAUUGUCCUUGACACUGGUGAUGGUGUUACCCAUACUGUUCCAAUUUAUGAAGGAUAUGCAUUACCUCAUGCGAUUUUGCGUCUUGAUCUGGCUGGCCGUGAUCUCACCGAUUACCUCAUGAAGAUCCUUACCGAACGAGGUUAUUCGUUCACGACGACUGCAGAACGUGAGAUUGUUCGUGAUAUCAAGGAGAAAUUGUGCUAUGUGGCACUUGAUUUUGAGCAAGAGAUGGCAACAGCUGCAUCAUCAUCGUCGUUGGAGAAAAGUUAUGAAUUACCUGAUGGGCAGGUAAUUACGAUUGGAAAUGAACGAUUUAGAUGCCCUGAAGCACUUUUCCAGCCAUCAUUCCUUGGUAUGGAAUCGUGUGGUAUUCAUGAGACAACAUAUAAUAGUAUUAUGAAAUGUGAUGUCGAUAUACGCAAGGAUCUCUAUGCAAAUACUGUUCUUUCUGGUGGAACGUCGAUGUUUCCUGGCAUAGCUGAUCGUAUGCAAAAGGAAAUAACUGCACUAGCACCUAGCACAAUGAAGAUCAAAAUAAUUGCACCACCUGAACGUAAAUACUCGGUAUGGAUUGGCGGAUCAAUAUUGGCAUCCUUGUCUACAUUCCAACAAAUGUGGAUUGCCAAGCAGGAAUAUGACGAGUCGGGUCCAUCAAUUGUGCAUCGUAAAUGCUUCUAA